CGACCGGUACUUUAAAGAGCGAAUGAGAUCGUCGAUUCUAGGUAGUAAAUCUGAUAGAUACCUAAAUAGGGAAAGCGCGGAACUUCAGUUUGGAGCCGAACUCAACGCUCGCGACUUGCGCUCUUCUUCAAACCCAGCUCCGUCUCACUUUCCUUUCAUCUUUGACCGACAAAGUCGUCAUUUGAUAUAACCGCUUUCCUUUGGAGCUUGAAUUGCGUAAUAGACAAAUUAUUUAAAGCCACCGUUUCCGACUCGGAUUUGUCAGCUCGCACCGCUGCUUCGUCGCUAACAUGGACUAUGAAAUGGAUAUCGAGCCUACAGGGCCCCAGGUUACAGUGCGAGAGGCCGAACCCUACCGAGUCGAUUUCAAACUCAGCUCAGUCGAUCUCGCCUUCGCCAAUUCUCUCCGCCGAACCAUGCUUGCUGAAGUUCCUACUAUUGCUAUCGAUCUAGUUGAGGUCGAGAAGAACACCUCUGUGCUUCCGGACGAGUUUCUUGCCCACCGACUGGGUCUCAUCCCUCUUAAUUCCAAGAACUGUGACCAGGACGUUGAGUACACUCGCGACUGCGAGUGUGAGGACCACUGCGCGCGGUGCAGCGUGACGCUUACUUUACAUGCGCGCUGCACCGGUGAUGACAUUAUGCGCGUGUAUGCGCGGGACUUGGUGGUUAGUGGCGAGCGGGCGAAUGAAUGGGUCGGGAACCCGGUUAUCACUGAUCCAGAAGGCAAUGGACCUCUGAUCUGUAAAUUGCGACGUGGGCAAGAGCUUAAAAUGACAUGUAUCGCCAAGAAGGGCAUUGCCAAAGAACACGCCAAGUGGAUGCCCACCGCAGCUGUUGGUUUCGAAUAUGACCCGCACAAUAACCUCAAACAUGUGGAUUACUGGUACGAAGAAGAUCCUAUUAAAGAAUGGCCCGUCUCUCACAAUGCUGCAUGGGAACACGCCGCUCCCCCGGACCAACCCUUCGAUUACGAUGCGCAACCCAACAACUUUUAUAUCGAUGUCGAGAGCGUCGGCGUCCUUGAACCAGAUAUGAUCAUUCAACAAGGAAUCACCGUCUUACAACGCAAGCUUGCGUCAGUUAUUUCGGCACUGUCUGGCACUGGUGACGGCGACCGCAAUGAUGUUAUGGGUGGUGAGGAUGAAGAUAUGAUGGGUGUACGCAGUCCAGAUGCAUAUGAGCCUCCAGAGGGUAUUGAUGGAGGCUUCACUGCUUAUGCUAACGGCGGUGCAAGUGCUUGGGGAGCAAGCGCAGCAACCCCGUACGGUGCAACUCCAUAUGGCGGUGGUGGGUAUAGUUUUUAAUUGAUUUCUCUUUCCAUUAGGAUGUUCACGUGUACCCAAGCCAUCGAUGGUAGGGGCACAGAAGUGAAACUGGGAAAACAGGAAUUAAAAGGAAAAGCACGCCUUCAUAUUCAAUAAUUGCUAUUUCAAAGCAUCUGGACGGAGUUUUAGGUUAGGGAACAGCGGCGCGAAUGGGAUUUUACCUUGCUUAUACGAGUCGAUGGCAGCUUUUCGUCGAGUUGGUCAAUGUUAUAUUGGCUUUGUAUUCCAAGGGCUUAUAUGGACAUGUCAUACUAAAUUACAAUAUAGAAACUCAAAAUGAAUGAAAUGGUUCAAAUC